CUUCCGGGGCAGAGGUCACCCCGCCCCUCCCCGCUUCUCCUGCAAGAUGGCGAGCGGUGGCGGCGGGGGCGUUUCGGUGCCUGCACUCUGGAGUGAAGUGAACCGCUAUGGCCAAAACGGCGACUUCACGCGCGCUCUCAAAACAGUCAACAAGAUACUGCAGAUCAACAAAGAUGAUGUGACUGCCCUACACUGUAAAGUUGUAUGCCUUAUCCAGAAUGGAAGUUUCAAGGAAGCCUUGAAUGUUAUCAAUACUCACACCAAAGUAUUAGCCAAUAGCUCUCUUUCUUUUGAAAAGGCAUAUUGUGAAUACAGACUGAACAGAAUUGAGAAUGCCUUGAAGACAAUAGAAAGUGCCAACCAACAGACCGACAAACUAAAGGAGCUAUAUGGACAAGUGUUAUACCGGUUAGAACGCUAUGAUGAAUGCUUAGCUGUGUAUAGAGAUCUUGUCCGAAACUCCCAAGAUGAUUAUGAUGAAGAAAGAAAAACAAACCUUUCAGCCGUUGUGGCAGCUCAAAGCAACUGGGAAAAAGUGGUUCCAGAGAACUUGGGCUUCCAAGAAGGUACACAUGAGCUGUGCUACAAUGCUGCGUGUGCACUGAUAGGACAAGGCCAGCUGACCCAGGCAAUGAAAAUUCUACAAAAAGCUGAAGAUCUUUGCCGUCGUUCAUUUUCAGAAGAUUCUGAUGGAGCUGAGGAAGAUCCACAAGCAGAACUGGCCAUCAUUCAUGGGCAGAUGGCUUACAUUCUGCAGCUUCAGGGUCGUAUUGAUGAGGCUUUGCAACUUUAUAAUCAGAUAAUUAAACUAAAGCCUACAGAUGUGGCAUUGCUGGCUGUGAUUGCAAAUAACAUCAUUACCAUUAACAAGGACCAAAAUGUCUUUGACUCCAAGAAGAAGGUGAAGUUAACCAAUGCAGAAGGAGUAGAGUUUAAGCUUUCCAAGAAACAACUGCAGGCUAUAGAAUUUAACAAAGCUUUACUUGCUAUGUACACAAACCAGGCAGAACAGUGCCGCAAAAUAUCUACCAGUUUACAGUCCCAAAGUCCUGAGCAUCUCUUGCCUGUGUUAAUCCAAGCUGCCCAGCUGUGCCGUGAAAAGCAGCACACAAAAGCAAUAGAGCUGCUUCAGGAAUUUUCAGAUCAAUAUCCAGAAAAUGCUGCUGAAAUUAAACUGACCAUGGCACAACUGAAAAUUUCCCAAGGUAAUAUUUCCAAAGCAUGUUUAAUACUGAGAAGCAUAGAAGAGUUAAAGCAUAAACCAGGCAUGGUAUCUGCAUUAGUAACCAUGUAUAGCCACGAAGAAGACAUUGAUAGUGCCAUUGAGGUUUUCACACAAGCUAUCCAGUGGUAUCAAAACCAUCAGCCCAAAUCUCCUGCUCACUUGUCUUUGAUAAGAGAAGCUGCAAACUUCAAACUCAAAUAUGGACGAAAGAAGGAGGCAAUUAGUGACCUAGAACAGCUAUGGAAACAAAAUCCAAAAGAUAUUCACACUCUGGCGCAGCUUAUUUCUGCUUAUUCACUUGUAGAUCCGGAGAAAGCAAAAGCUCUUAGUAAACACCUGCCUUCAUCUGAUAGUAUGUCUCUAAAAGUAGAUGUUGAGGCUCUUGAAAAUUCUCCUGGUGCUACGUACAUUCGGAAGAAGGGUGGAAAAGUUACUGGAGAUAGUCAACCAAAGGAUCAAGGACAGGGAGAUUUGAAAAAGAAGAAGAAAAAAAAGAAAGGAAAAUUACCUAAAAAUUAUGACCCCAAAGUGACCCCAGAUCCAGAAAGAUGGCUACCAAUGCGAGAACGUUCUUACUACCGAGGAAGAAAGAAGGGUAAAAAGAAGGAUCAGAUUGGAAAAGGAACCCAGGGAGCAACUGCAGGAGCUUCAUCUGAACUGGAUGCCAGUAAAAGUGUGAGCAGCCCACCCACUUCCCCAAGACCUGGCAGUGCUGCGACAGUGUCUGCGUCCACAAGUAACAUCAUACCCCCAAGACACCAGAAGCCUGCAGGGGCUCCAGCAACAAAAAAGAAACAGCAACAGAAAAAGAAGAAAGGUGGAAAAGGUGGCUGGUGAUUAGAACAUUAUCAGUGGCAGCUCUUUGUAAACUAGCCUCAGUGAUACUAGGCUAGAUACUAGGCAUGCAGACACACAGCAAGCAGCACAGGGCUGCUCCCCCACUCAUUCCCUGAUUUUCAUAAAAUUACUUUUCAUGUGUUUCACACAAGAAAAUAUCUUCAAACUCUGCCUAAUCAGAUAAGAUCUAUUUGUACUACCUGCUUUGCACAGAUGAUGAGUACUCAAAAAUAAUUGGUAUUUACUUGCCUUGGUAUCUUCUGUGUCCUUAUUCAUUGUGUGCUGAUCUGGUUUGGGAGUUUUACAAAUAAAGUAUAUUAGCGAAAGUUUUCUGGGAUUUAAACUAAAAAUACUUGUAUUUCACCUAUAGUUUGAAGAUAAUUGUUAUUAUCAAGUUCCACUCUAAAUUAUGUCUUAUAGGAGGCCUUGGAACCCUAAAAGUGGAAUCUUCUGAGUAUUCCAAAUAUUUUAGAAAUAUCAUGUGAUAAAAAGGGACCUUUUUUUUAACACACUGUUCUUCAUUACAUAACUGACCACAGGAAAGCUAAAUGUCUUCAUUUCACCCAUGAAUUCUUUGUUAUGUGAUAGAGGAAUAUGGGAUACAUUUUAUAACUAAAUAAAGUAUAUGCACAUGUAUGUUUAUACAACUAUGUAAGUGCACACACACAUACUAGGACUCACUUGUGCCUCCCUGUCUGAUUUAGCACCAUUACAGAACUCAUUAAAGGAAAAUAUGCCAAUUUAUUAUAGAGUUGACUCUUGGACCCAGUGCCCUAAAGGCACAUGUAUUUAAACUCUCUUAGUCAAAAAGAUUUGAUGUCCCCUAUCAAGAGCACGAACAUUGACUUCUUGUAUAGGGAGAAAAUGAGUAUCAGAGUACAAUAGCAGGCAGCAUUAAAACUUAAGAGACUUGUUUGGCCCAACUGUUAGAUACCAUUCUAGUUAAUACCAUUACCCAUCUCAAAAUAAGUAUUUUACAGUUAGUUUGUGGUGGUAGUGUUGCUCUGGUCUUUCUUUGCCUACAAGCCAAUUUCCCAUUGACUUGCUGAAACACACAUUGGGGUGUUCACCCUUGUUAAUAUUCAUCUUAUGCUACCCAUUGUAGCAUUGGGUUUGGAUUUAUGAGGAUUUUCCUGUGAUCAUAUUAUUCCAUCCUUGUUGAUAAAGUGCUGCUGUGUUUGACUCUAAACAUAUCUACUAAAACUUUAAAUAUUUUUUGAGACUCCUCCUUUACAAGAGUAAGAAAUGUGGUGCUUCCUUUCUGUUUAGCACAAGCAGAAUCUGUGGUGGCAUAAAAAUAAAAGAUUGUUAAAAUAUA